UCCCAAGCCCGGGCUUCCUCUCCUGAGCCACGUUGCUUCUCUGGGAAGGCUGACGCGGUGGUGUCUGUGUGUGUCCGUCUGUCUGACUGUCCCAGGGAGAAGCGGUCCUCGCAGGUAGCCGGGGAGGCCGAGCUCCCCUUCCCUCCUCCUUCCCGGCCCUUCGGGGAGCAGGCGACUGAGCCAUGGCCAAGCCCAGCCUGCGAGGGGACGGUACCAGCUCGGAGAACUUCCGCCAGCGCUUCCGGCGUUUCCGGUUCCAGGAGGCGGCCGGGCCCCGCGAAGCCUUCAGCCAGCUCUGGGGCCUGUGCUGCCGCUGGCUGCGGCCCGAGCUGCACACCAAGGAGCAGAUCCUGGAGCUGCUGGUGCUGGAGCAGUUCCUCAGCGUCCUGCCCGAGGAGCUGCGGGCCUGGGUGCAGGACCACUGUCCCGAGAGCGGCGAGGAGGCCGUGGCCGUGGUGGAGGAGCUGGAGAGGAAGCCCCAGAGGCCCAGGCAGGCGGGGCCAGUCCGUGGGCACGGGCAGCCAGUGCCCUCCGAGAAGGCGGCACCCCUCAGGGGGGCUCGGGAACCGCUGAGGGUCCAGAAGGAGCGGGUGAGGAGCCCACACCGGAGGGGCCAGGAGGAACCCGGCCUGCAGGAGAAAGCCCUCCCUCUUCAGAGGAGCGGGGAAAAGCGAGGGGCGACAAGAAGAGAGAGGAGAGCGUGUGCAGAGCAGGAGCUGUGGAGCCUGGAAGAUGAAAAGGUGGCAGGGGUGCACUGGGGCUUUGAAGAGACCAAGACCUUCCUGGCCAUCCUCAGCGAGACGCAGUUCUACGAGGCCCUGCGCAACUGCCACCGCAACAGCCAGCUGUACGGCACCGUGGCGGAGCGGCUGCGGGAGUUCGGCUUCCUGCGCACGGCCGAGCAGUGUCGCACCAAGUUCAAGAGCCUCCAGACCAGCUACCGCAAGGUCAAGGGCGGUCUCUCUCCCGACACCUGUGCCUUCUUCCAGGAGAUGGACGCCCUGGUGAGCUCCCGGGCCCCGGAGCCGCCGGUGGGCAGCCUGGAGGAUGAGGAUGACGAGGAGGAGGAGGAGGGGUGGGAGGGGCCGGACCGCUCCGGGACCGGGGGCAGCGACGUUGAGCCGGAGGAGUCGGGGGCCUGGAGGCACCGUGAGGCAGCCGGGGAAGACGACUCUGAUGGCGAGGAGAUGGGUUUGGACGAGGUGACGCGGGCGCCCGGGAGCCCCAGCACGCCCGUCCUGUUCCGGAGCCCGAGCGGGGUGCACUGGGGCUUUGAGGAGACCAAGACCUUCCUGGCCAUCCUCAGCGAGACGCAGUUCUACGAGGCCCUGCGCAACUGCCACCGCAACAGCCAGCUGUACGGCACUGUGGCGGAGCGGCUGCGGGAGUUCGGCUUCCUGCGCUCGGCUGAGCAGUGUCGCACCAAAUUCAAGAGCCUCCAGAAGAGCUACCGCAAGGUCAAGGGCGGCCUCUCCCCGGACACCUGCGCCUUCUUCCAGGAGAUGGACGCCCUGGCUUCGAGGCCGGCUACGAGGGCCAGCGAGUGCCUCAGCGGGACAUUUCGGAGGAGGUGGAGCUACACAGGAUCCUGCUGGGGCGGUCAGGGCGCAGGGUCCCCCCACGCGUGGGCCUGGGGAAGGGCGGCGUGGGGCCGGGGCGGAAGCCCAGUGCCAGUGAGAGGCGGGGGAAGGUGCUGGCCCGGGAGAGGGUCCCCCGGCCGGGCGGGAGGGGCGUGGGGCAGCCGCCCCCCGCGGCCGGGCCCCCGGGCCCCCCGGCCCCGAGCCCAAACCUGUACCGGUGUGGCGACUGCGGCAAGAGCUUCGGGCGGAGCGCCCGGCUGGUCCGGCACCGCAGGAUCCACACGGGCGAGAAGCCGUACCGCUGCCCGGACUGCGGCCGGCGCUUCCGUGACAGCUCCAACCUCAUCACCCACCGGCGCACGCACACGGGCGAGAGGCCCUACGGCUGCUCGGACUGCGGAAAGCGGUUCAGCCAGAGCUCCAGCCUGGUCAUCCACCGGCGCACCCACACGGGCGAGAAACCCUACGCCUGCACCCAGUGCGGCAAGCGCUUCGGCAACAGCUCCCACUUCAGCGCCCACCGGCGCACCCACACUGGCGAGAAACCCCACGCCUGCCCCGACUGCGGCAAGCGCUUCGGCAAGAGCUCGGACCUGCGCGCCCACCGCCGGACGCACACGGGCGAGAAGCCCCACGCCUGCCCCGACUGCGGCCGGGGUUUCGGCAAGAGCUCGGCCCUCAACAAGCACCGGGCGAUCCACGCCGGGGACGGGCCCCGCCCCCGGCCGCCCACAGGGCCGAACUAGACCCAACGCCCCCCCUGGCCGUUCCGCCCUGCAGGCCUCCCUCGGGGUCCGGCCCCGGAUCGCCCCCGAGUCGGGUCUGGAAGCGGAGCCUGGGGUCCGGCCUGCUUCAGGGUUGAGUGCAGGGUGUAGUGCAGCCUCCCCGAGGAGCUCGGGAGAGGAAGGAAGGCCUGGUGGGGGCGGAAGGGGGAGUGGGUAGGGCCUGGUGUGGGACGCGCUGAGCGGGAUGUGAGUCUCCUCCCGUCUCCUCUGCCCUUUCUUCCCCUCUGCCUGCCGUGGGAUGCCCAUGGUCCCCUGCGGCAGCCUCAGCCUGGACACCACCUGUUCAGUACACCAACAGUUUUGCUAGUGAGGGCAAACCCUGUGAGGGGUGAGGCAGGUGGUGUAUCAGUGUUCCCACCCCGCCAGGACCCACCACCAAAAUCUUUUAGCCUUCUCACCACUGCCCCUCAAGUCUUACCUGUCACUUCAGGCCCUGAGUCCCAGAGAGAGAGCCUGUGGGCUGGGGCCAUCUGGGGCUAUAUCCUAAGAGCCUCCCUUCAUCCUUGGACUCCCAAGUGCCUUGGGUGGGCAUUUGCCCUCUGUGGGCCCAGUGACCAGUGGAGCAGCUGGGACAGGUGAGAGCUGCAGCCCCACUGAAUACUCAGAGGGCAGGGGAGCUGGGGACUUCCAUCCCCCCCAGGUCGAGGAGUGCCUUCACCAGUUGCUGUUUCCGUGUACAUGUGAGGGGCAGAUGGACAGGCAUCCCCCACCUCCAACCCGUGCCCACUGCAGUGCUGGUUCCUGGUGUGCAGCUGCUGCUUCCAUCGCCCCUUCCCUUGAGUGGGGUCGGGGCCUCUGGUGGUACCCGAAGGCUUCCCGGGAGCUUUCUGACUGGUUUGCUCUGCCAUAAGCUCUGGUCCUGCAGCCAAACUGCAGCGUGUCCACCUGGGUUGGGUGGGGCUGGCACCUGGGGGCUGGGCAAUCUACGUCCUGAGGGGUAUAAAGUCCAUGCUGGAAGUAAAACCAAACGAUAGCCCCUUGCACACGCCUCAGAAUUCAGAGUGUUGCUUGGAGGGGGCCAAGGGAAGAGGAUGGGGGGUUGGGAAAGGUUCCGGGUCAACUUUUGGGAUAGGGUCGGGGGGGCAUGGGGUGGAGACCCAGGGUAGUGAGGGAAUGGAGGUCAAAAGUGACUGCGGAACUGCCUGGCAGAUGGAA